UAAAAAAAUUGAGGGUAUUUUAGUCUUUUUCAUGUAUUAUCUUUUUCUCCCCAUUAUUUUGCCGUUGAAGGUAUCCAAAUCUGGGCUGCAAUUGAAGCCUGGGUGGAAGAAUAUUGCCACUUGUAUUACCACUCAGAUUACAUGGUCCAAUGUGACUAUGAGCUCCAGUCAUGGUGGACGGAGAUUCGACAAGUAGGACAUGGCGACUUGAAAGAUGAAGCAUGGUGGCCGCAAAUGCAGACACGACUCCAACUCAUCCAAACCUGCACCAUCAUCAUAUGGGUAGCUUCUGCUUUUCAUGCUGCGGUUAACUUCGGCCAAUAUCCCUACACAGGCUACCUCCCUAAUCGCCCCACCGUGAGCCGCCGGUUCAUGCCGGAGCAAGGCACAUCGGAGCACGCCGAGCUCCACUCGAACCCGGACCUCGCCUUCCUCAAAACCAUCACACCCCAGUUGCAGACCCUUCUGGGCGUCUCUCUUAUAGAGAUACUAUCCCGGCAUUCCAGUGACGAAAUCUACCUUGGGCAAAGAGACACCCCCUACUGGACUUCGGACGCGGAACCGCGAGAAGCGUUUCAGAGAUUCCACGACAAGUUGGUUCAGAUUGAAGGUCGGAUAUUGGAAAGAAAUGGGGAGAAAAAAAAAAAAACAAUACAGGGCCUCUAUUUUUAUAUGCAUAAUUGA